CUUCAAUGGAGUAGAGUGGCGAAACAGGGUUGUUGUGACUACCUUAAUUAUCUGACAAUGAUCCAAAUGGGAGAUACCGCAGAGCAACAACAACAUGAUCAGGCACAAAAGCAGCAGUCAGAAGAGAGUGGCAGAAAGAGAAAGAGUUUAUCCAAUUCAGGAUCUGGAGACAAUAUUUUGGCAUGCAACACUGCAGAGAAGGAGAAGCCUAUUGAUGAGAAUGUCGAAUCUUUUUUAUCCCCUGAUGAUGUCAAUGCUAAUACUGUGCCUAUCCCCUUCAGCAUUUUGAAACGAGAUUCUUCAGAUUGCACAACCAAUGAAGGCACAGGCUUCACUUUUAAAGAGGUUGGUCGCCUCCAAGCAAGCAAAGGCAAAGUUCUCUGCUGCCACUUCUCGUCAGAUGGGAAGAUGUUAGUUAGUUCUGGGCAUGAUAAGAAGGUUAUGAUUUGGAGCAUGGAAACAUAUGAUUAUGUUUGUACAACAGAAGAGCAUUCUCUUCUCAUUACAGAUGUCCGAUUUAAACCAAAUUCAGCUCUUUUUGCAACAUCUUCAUUUGACAGAAGUGUUCAGAUAUGGGAUGCAGACAAACCAAGCAACGCACUAGUCAAGCUUCAUGGGCAUGCUGAACAGGUGACAUCAGUGGAUUUCCACCCAAGAAAGUUGGACCUCCUCUGCUCAUGUGACAGUAACAAUGAGAUCCGACUGUGGAAUGUGAGCCAGCAAGUUUGCACACACACCACUAAGGGAGCUACUAAACAAGUUAGAUUCCAGCCUCGAGUUGGGAAGCUUUUAGCUACAGCUGUAGGAAAUGGCAUCAAUAUAAUUGAUGUUGAGACCGAUACCCUUCAAGCCCACUUAAAGGGACAUACUAAAGAUGUUCGUGCAAUAUGUUGGGAUACAAGUGGAAAAUAUGUCGCCUCCAUUAGUGAAGACAGUGCGCGAGUGUGGUCACCCACGUUGAGUGGAAAAUGCAUACAUGAACUGCUUUCUAAUGGAAACAAUUUCCAAUCAUGCACAUUUCAUCCUGGAUACUCACAACUCUUGGCAAUUGGCGGUUACCAGACCCUUGAACUGUGGAAUCCGACUGAGAGCAACAAAACAAUGUCAGUUCCAGCACACACGGGGUUGAUUGCUGCAUUGGCAGAUUCACCUCAGGCUGAAGUCAUUGCAUCAGCAAGCCAUGACCAGUGUGUGAAGUUAUGGAAAUGAGACCUCUCCUUCCAUGUUAAUGGUGGUGCGUGUGCACCC